CACGCAGGCUUGAAGAAAGGGGAAGGAGAAGAGAUUGAAGGGAGAUAAUUAGCAGUACGACGGGAUAAAGUUUCACGUCAGGAUUCUGGGCCCCGCAUGUCCGCGCCAGAUAAGAGAGGAGAGAGAGGAGAGAGGAGACAGGCGGGGGCGCGCGUGGUUCGACACUGUGGAGCCAAUCGAAAUGACAGGAUUUGUGGGUUGGUGGUUGGAUGUGGGUUCUUUUUUUCUGUCUGUUGUUUUCCAGAGGCUUCACACGUUCUACUACGAAAUCUUGCUAUUUUUAUUAUUAUUAUUGUUUCUCCGGAGGGACCGGUGGUGCUAAUUACUGGUUUCAUUGGGUCCGGGGGGGGGAUAAAAAAAAAGGAGAAAAGAAACAUAAUCCUGCCACACACACACACACACACACACACUGCAGUACUGCAGUGCAGAACACGUCAGGAUAGAUCGCUGGCACCGCGGGAGGGAAGGAUGGAUGGAUGGAAGGGAGGAAGGACCCUUCUCGCCGCGGUGUUCUAUUCUAGUUGUUCUACUAGCCUGCAAGGCUUCUUGGGAAAACGACUCGCACCUGUGUCUAUGUAUGUAUGCUGCAGUACAUAGUCAGCGUAUAGAAGGUCGAUGCGACACACAGCACAGCAUAGCACAACACACAUCAAACUCGACACACCACACCACACCACCCAACCAACCACCACAUUUAAACAAAAAAAACCCCAACAUCAAAUUUUAUAAAGAAACCUAUCGAACAUCUCAUCACAGCGCUAGUUACCUUACCCUACCUUACCCUACCCUGUCCUGACUUACCUAUCCUACAUACAGCACACCGAUCAAGUUCAUAAACACAAUCACACACAUAAUUAACCAAACACAACCCAGCUUACCCAGCUUACCCAGCCUACUCAGACGAAACUAGAUAUAAACGCGCUAAUAAGCACCCCUCCCCUCGAU